AGUAUCGUUUGCCUCUCUUCUAUCGCGAUAAGUGUCAUGGCUUUUUUUGGAGCUACGUACCAGAAAAGCUAAACUCUGCAAGCUUUGAGAUAAGCUUCACACGAGAGACAUGAACGUACCUCUUACAAAAGGGGCGGUUGAAGCCCUCUGCAAAGGCUUAGAUGUGGACAAGCCCGUGCUGCAGCUGCUGAACAUCCGUCAGAUCAGUAAUGCCUCAGGCCCACCCAGAUUCCGACUUAUGAUGAGUGAUGGCCAGCACUCUCUGACUUCUUGCCUGCUUGCUACCCAGUUAAACUAUUUAUCUGACGAGAACCUCCUGGUACCAAACUGCGUGUGUUUGUUGAAAAAGACCGUCAACAACACUUUGGCUGAUGGCAGGCGUGUGGUUGUUGUUAUGGACAUGGAUAUAUUAAAGUCAGCAGAGGAAGCUGGGGGAAAGAUUGGAAAUCCCACUCCUUAUAAUACAGAUGGUAAGAUGUCAUCUCCACAGAAGGUGUCAUCAAGUACCUAUGUUCCAGAGUCCCCUCCGUCUGCUGCCGUGCCUGGACCCUCCUAUAGGAACUACUUCUCUCCCCGAGGCAGAGGAGGAAGUUUUACGGGACAAGCACCCAUGAAAGCUUCUCCCAUGAAAGCUUCUCCCAUGAAAGCUUCUCCCAUGAAAGCUUCUCCCAUGAAAGCUUCUCCCAUGAAAGCUUCUCCCAUGAAGGCCUCGGCUAUAAAAGCAUCACCCAGUAAGGGCUUAACCGUGAAGGUUUCACCCAUGAAAGCUUCGCCCAUGAAGGCCAACAGCGCUUCUCCAGGUUCUUCAGCAAAAGUGAUUCCUAUUGCAAGCCUCAACCCCUACCAAAGCAAGUGGACUAUCAGAGCCAGAGUCACCAACAAGUCGAGCAUUCGCACGUGGAGUAACUCCAGAGGAGAGGGCAAGCUCUUCUCCUUUGAGAUAGUGGAUGAGAGUGGUGAAAUCAGGAUCACUGCUUUCAACAAGGAAGUGGACAAGUUUUUCUCUCUAGUGGAGCAAGGCAAGGUGUACUACAUCUCCAAGGCUACACUCAAGCCGGCCAACAAACAGUACACCACGCUGAAGAACGACUACGAGAUGACCCUCCACGCUCACUCAUCCAUCGUGCCAUGUGAUGACAAUCAGAGCAUCCCCACAGUGCACUGUGACUUUGUGCCCAUCGCAGAACUGGAAAAUCGAGACAAAGAUGCUAUCAUUGAUGUGAUUGGAAUAUGUAAGAGUGCUGAGGAUGUAUCCCGUAUCACCACUAAGAACAGCAGAGAAGUCUCCAAGAGGGCUCUCAGCAUAAUCGACCAAACAGGCAAAGUCGUGACAGUCACACUGUGGGGCGAAGAGGCAGAAAAUUUUGAUGGCUCUACGCAGCCAGUGGUUGCCAUCAAAGGAGCUCGAUUGUCUGAUUUUGGGGGAAGAUCUCUCUCUGCAUUGUUCAGUUCAACAGUCAUGGUCAACCCAGAUAUACCACAGGCCUUUAGACUGAGAGCCUGGUAUGACCGGGAAGGCUUUGCAAUCAACAGCCAGUCGCUGACAGAGACCAGGUCAGCAGGCACAGGAUUAAACGUGAACUGGAAAACACUGAGCGACAUUAAGAAUGAAGACAUGGGCCAUGGAGAGAAGGCACAGUAUUUCAGCUGCGUGGCGACAGUGCUGUACAUUCGUAAGGAGAAUUGUCUGUACCAAGCCUGUCCAUCUGCAGACUGCAACAAGAAGGUCAUCGACCAGCAGAAUGGGCUGUACCGCUGCGAAAAGUGUAACAGAGAGUUCCCCAACUUCAAAUACAGACUCUUACUUUCUGCUAACUUAGCUGACUUCGGGGAUAACCAGUGGGUGACGUGCUUCCAGGAGACAGCUGAGGCCCUGUUGGGUCACAGCGCAGAAACUCUCGGACAUCUCAGAGACACAGAUGAAGCUGCCUUCGAUGAAGUCUUCCAGAAAGCCAACUUCACAACUCACAUCUUUAAAAACAGAGUCAAGCUAGAGACCUACAACGAUGAGAGUCGAGUGAAGGUAACUGUAAUGGAAGUCCAGCCGGUCGACCACAGGGAAUACAGCCGGAGACUCCUGCAAAACAUCUACAAAUUGGCUAGAUGAACUUAGUCUCACCCAUUCAAAUGUCUUUCUGGUCAUUAAACGCAUCUUUCGCCAUUCUGCGACCAGUGUCCGACUUUUUCCCACCUGCGAGAUAACAGCAUAUCAGGCUGAGACAGCAGAGGGGGCGGCCAGUGAUUCAUCUGAAUAAAUGGCAGCCAAACAAAAGACUGAUAUUUAGCGGAUGAUUUCCUUCACAGAGUGGAGGGAAAAAGGAAAAAGAUCUGAUGGAAGCAACUUCCAGCUUUAUUUUAAUGGCAAUUUUACUUUGUGUUUUCAGUUUAAAGAAUUUUUACCGUGUUCUUGAACCUGCUUACAUUUUCACGUCUUACGCAUCAUGUAAAUACCAUGAUCAUAGUGUUUUCUUUUUUCUUCAUCAACGUGACUUAUUUGUUCGGUUUUGUACUGGUGAUGCUCAGUGUUAGUUGAGUAAGACGUAGAUGAGUCACAUUUAUUUAGUCUUUGUUUUUUUUUUGUUUUUUCUUCAAACAGAGUCUUCGGAAAAAAAUGCGUGGGGGACGCACGUGUUUAAGCUGCGUUCACAGCGUGCGCCUUGUUCUUAAAAGAUAUCUUGGGUGUGUGUGUGUGUGUGUGUGUGUGUGCGCGCGUUUGUGUUUGAUUUCCUUUUGUGCUUCCAAGAAAUGUCAGACAAGAAAAAAACAGGCAUUAAAAGGACAUUAAGAUAGAAA